GUCACACUGCUGUUAUUAUCCUAAACAGUUACUAAACUUUAAAAUAAAUAAAAACUUCUUGUAAAAUCCCCACAUACUUAUACCAGAUAACAUCCGGGGACUUAAAAGAUUCGUUACCAACUUACACAACGUCAAAAUCCUAAACUUUGAUGCCGGGUUCAAUAACAUACGGUGCACAGAUCUCACUGAUGAAGUAACCAGUUACCUUGCCAUAACAGAAUAGCUUCAGAGACAAUGAAGAAAAGAUCUGCAAAUAAUGAACCGAGUCCGUUUCCUUAUAAGGUGAUAAAAAAGGAGUUUGUUAAGCCCUCUACUGAAGAAAAAAUAAGGAUCUUGAAUGAAAAAAUGGAUAUGGUUUUACGCAAUCAGAGGAAAAUGCUGGGGGUUUUACGCCAGAUGAUAACUCAGCCAAGCGAUUCUUUCGGACCAAAAAUAAUUUCAAUAAACAGCAUACGACAAAUGAUGAGCCCUGAGUCAGAGGACUGGUUUCCCCAAUCAUUUCCCUUGGUGGAACUGCAACAAAUAGAAACUAUAGAGGAGGAAAUGAAUGAUCCCAUUAAAUCAUCGUUAUAUAUCCAAACAAUGAAGGAUAUUUUAAAACCCGAUGGGACGUUCCGACCCGGUGGUCUAAAAAAACAUUUCCAUUUGAUAUUUGCAAUCGAGUUUUUGGUUGAGUUCAAUUUUGAUGGCAUUCACAAUAAGAUACCCCUGAAGAAGUUUGAUAACUUUAACAACGCCUUGUAUGAAUCCUUGAAGCGAGACGGGUAUUUUAGAGAUGACUAUAUCGCUGAAAUCAGAGUGGCAUUUCGCACUUACAAGAACCGUAGAAACAAAAACGUAUCCGAUGCUCGGAGGAAAAUCAAGGAAGCGAUGGCCAACAUUGAGCCAGAAGUUAAAUUCGAAGAGAUAAUGUGUCCACAAUCAAAUUAGCGGAACUUGCAAAAUCAAAAGUAUUGCUUUUACACUAGUUAACUUACAAAUAAGCUGUUAAGAAGGUUGUAUUUAAAUAAUUUAAUUUUGAUUUUGUAAAAGGUGGAGAAUAUAAUGUAGUUUAUAAUUUGUAA